AUGAGUUUCGAUUCCAGUCCUCAGCAGCCAGACGAACGGCAACCGAUCAAAAGCUACGCCUAUCAACAUCACGAAAAUGCCCUGGAGAAGCGCCCCUCAAUUCGAAAUUAUGCAGUCACUAGAGUCACUUCACUCAAACCUCCUAUGGAAAACAUCAAAAAUCCGUUUAAAUUACUGGCCAUGCUGAACGCCCAGCAAUGGGCCUUUUUGGCAGUCUCCUUUGCUGGAUGGUCAUGGGACUCGUUUGAUUUCUUCACCGUAUCCCUCACUGUCUCUGACUUGGCCGAGACAUUCAACAAAUCAACCACAGAUAUCACAUGGGGAAUUACUUUGGUGCUUCUACUGCGACCAUUCGGCUCGAUAGUAUUUGGAAUUGCGGCAGACCGCUAUGGACGAAAGUGGCCUUUUAUCGUGGCAAAUGUUAUUUUCGUCAUCCUUGAACUUGCUACUGGGUUUACUCAGACAUAUGGACAGUUCCUUGCAGUUCGCUCUUUAUUUGGAAUUGCCAUGGGAGGACUAUACGGAAUUGCAGCCGUUACGGCCCUCGAAGACUGCCCCGAGGAUGCGCGCGGUCUAGUGUCAGGAUUAAUGCAGCAAGGUUACGCAUUUGGUUAUCUUCUGGCCACGGCAUUUGCACGGGCAUUGGUCAACACUACGAACCACGGCUGGAGACCCUUAUUCUGGUUUGGUGCAUGUCCACCAGUUCUCAUCAUUGCAUUCCGCUUCUGCCUUCCUGAAACAAAAACAUUUCAGGCCCGGCAAGCGAUUCGCGAAGAGCAAGGAAGUUUGGCUCAGACAUUUAUUGCAGAGGGACGAGUUGCUCUAAAACGGCACUGGUUAUUACUCGUCUAUCUCAUUCUCCUAACAUCCGGGCUUAACUUCAUGGCACAUGGUACCCAGGACUUGUAUCCUACGAUGUUAAGCAACAACUUGAACUUUUCAGCCGAUGCAAUUACAGUAACUCAGGUUGUUGCUAAUCUAGGUGCAAUCACUGGAGGAACAACUGUGGGUUACUGUUCGCAAUUUCUUGGUCGACGACUCAGUAUGAUCAUUGUUUGCAUUAUUGGAGGGGCUCUUUUGUAUCCUUAUACUAUGGUGCAAUCAAAGGGCGUAAUUGCUGCAGCUUUCUUUGUGCAAUUCUGUGUCCAGGGCGCUUGGAGUGUGAUACCCAUUUACAUUAUGGAGCUUUCUCCUAGUUCCUUCCAGACUUUUGUCCUUGGAACAGCAUAUCAGAUGGGAAAUCUUGCUUCAGCUGCCUCAUCCACGAUUGAAGCAACCCUUGGCGAGCGAUAUCCACUCCCACCGAUCACACGGGCAGAUGGCACAGUUGUCAAGCGCUUUAACUAUGGGAAGGUUAUAUGCAUCUUUAUGGGAGCGGUUUAUGCUUAUAGUAUUUUGAUGAUCUUUAUUGGACCAGAAAAGCGAAUCUGUGUCUUGAGUGCUGAGCAUGACACAGAGGCUGAUGAUGUGAUCGAUGAAUCAAAAUCACACAUCACUAAGGUCUAA